GUAGUUUUCAUGAAUCGCUUUAAUCGCGUACCAGUCUUUGAAUUUCAAACUGCCUUUCAUCAAACAUCGACGCAAAGAUGAAGAUCAAGUCGAAGUCUUCGUAUCACAAAUCCGAGAACACCUUCAGGUUUCUCACUUUUGCUGAAAGACUUGCCAAUGUCAACAUCGAUGUCAUCCAUCGUAUUGACAGGACUGGAUCUUAUGCUGAGGAAGUAGAAACAUACUUUUCUGAAGGACUCACAAAAUGGAGAGACCUCAACUUGACAGAGCAUUUCACAACGUUUUUGAAAGAGGUAUCCAACAAGAGCCAGUCAUUCAACAUGCUGGUUUUCCAUCAGAAGUCAAUAGUGGAGAGUUUGAAAACACACCUGGCUGUCAACAACAGUCUGGCCUACCAACCACUUCUGGACCUGGUGGUUCAGCUGGCCAGAGACCUGCAGACUGACUUCUACCCUCACUUCCCUGACUUCUUCAUUCUCAUCACCUCACUGCUGGACACAAAGGACACAGAGGUCCUGGAGUGGGCUUUCACCUGCCUGUCCUACCUCUACAAGUACCUGUGGAGGCUCAUGGUGAAGGACAUGACCAACAUCUACAGUUUGUACAGCACACUUUUGGAACACAAGAAGGAACACAUCCGCAAGUUUGCAGCAGAGAGCUUCUCUUUCUUGAUGAGAAAGGUUCCAGAUCUCGAUGCCGUGCUGACUCAUGUGUUCUCAGACCUGCAGCAGCACCCUGAUAAGGCAGAAGGAGCGGGUCAGCUGCUGUUUGAGAUGUGCAAAGGAGUCAGAAACAUGUUCCACUCCUGUGCUGCAAAUGCUCUCCCUGUGGCUCUGCGGAAGCUCGGUCCCACAACCAACCCAGGAAUCUCACUGCCUUGGGACACUGUCAGGGACGCUCUGGAUCACAUGGCCCAGGCUGCAGCCAAUCACGUUGACAGAGAACACGUCCUGAUUUUAUGGGAGUCCCUACAGGUCAGUGUGGUGGAGGUCCUUGAUGUAAUGGAGGCAAAGGGAGAGGAGGCAGACCAGGCAACAGAGCAGUUGGAGAGGCUGCUGUUCGUUCUCCAUACCCUUGUGUCCCACAGAGACGGAGCCAAGAUCACCAAGCCGGAGGCCGUCUGCCAGAUGGUGUUGCGGCUGAUUAAGAGCUCUGCUCUGUCAACUCCUUGUUCACGCCUGCUUCUCCAGAUCAUCUCCUCUCUGCUCCUCGGGGAGAACAUCAGCCUGCCCAAAUCACUCAUCCAGGAGACGGUUCAAAAGGUCUUUAGCAGCACAGUGGGACAAGACUUGAUCCUAGAGUUCACCAAGGAGAUGUUCACCAUGAAAGAGUUUGAGCAGCUCUUCCUCCCCAGCCUACUGCGCUUCACAGCUGGGUUGUUCAGUUGUGGAGAUGCCCUGUCUCGCCACUGUGGCCUGGAGGUGCUGGUCAGCCUGAUCCUUGCUAAAGCCCCGCCCCCGACAGACGGCUCCAUGGCCUUUGAAACCUACCCACUGCUCUUCACUGGACAGACCACAGGAGUGUUCAGCUGUAAGGAGGCAGGUCAGGUCAGCAGUACGACAUCAGAGCAGCCAGUGCCAGAGCUGGUGCUGUCUCUCAUUAGACUUCCUGGGGACCAGAACCAGUCCAUGACUGACCUGUCGCUGCCUUGGUCCGCCCUGAUGCUGCUGCCACAUGUCAGACCUCUGGCUCCAGCCAGUGUUGUUCCUGCUGUGUGUGCUCUCUUAAACCACCUCCUGUGUGAGAUUGACACAGAGAAACUGGGGAAAGCCGGUCUGUUUGUAGCAAGACAGGCCCUGAGCUGCCUCCUCAGUCUGGACGGCUCUGCUCAGCUUCUCUCACUGUUUCCUGUGGAAAAGAUCACUUCAAUUAUAAGGAAGUUUCCCACAGACCUGUCUGCCUUGCUGCUAGGAGACCUCUACUAUACCCGCCUGUCGCUCAGCGGUGUUUCAGAGCAUUUAUCCCACAGUGCGCUGCUGGAGCUCUACCAGAUUCUGCACGCCAACCUCUCGUCCAACGUCUCUAAGAUUCGCCUCCUGACUCUGAGGAUUCUCUCUCAGUUUGAGGCAGAACUUCCUCCACAGGCUGAGGGUGAGGAGAGUGUGGAGGUGCAGCCGGUGUUUGCAGUUUGCCUGCAGGCAGAGCUCGUGCCGGCUUCAGUGCAGGACUAUAGAGAGAAGCUGCUGCACCUCCGGAAGCUGAGACACGACCUGGUGCAGCGCAGCCUGCCACAGGGGCCCCCCGGCACCUUCCAACAGGUGCCUCUGCGUUACCUCAUUGCAAUGUUGUUCAUCAACUUCAGGCCACUGUGGGACGCAGUCAUUGAGCUUCUUGUGAGCCAUGCCAGAGGGAUGGACAACAAGGACUUCUGGGCAGUCUACCAUGAACAUCUGGAGAUGGUGGCAGGGCUGGCUGAAAAGGAACUGCGGGAGGAUGAUGAUGAUGAUGAUGAUGAUGAUGACAGUACUGAAGAGGAAGAGUCCAAUCGUCAGAGUGAGCUGGGGUGUGACGUCAUUGAAAGUGGGGACGUUGGGGUGCUGUUCCUAGAGCAGCUGAAGUUGACCUGUGACCCUAAUGAGAGGACGGACUUCCCCAACUUCCGCAGCCUGCUGUGGCGUGCAAUGGCUCAGUAUCCUGACAGAGUGGAACCACGCAGCCGAGAACUUAGUCCUCUACUGCUCAGGUUCAUCAGGAAUGAGUUUUAUCCCGCUGACCUGCUGGUAGCCCCCACUCAGGACCUAAGGAAGAGGAAUGAUGCUGCCCUAGAGGAGUCUGGGAUGGCUGUGGAGGAAGAGGAGAGAGAGGAAGAGGAGCAGGAUGUGGAGGAGAGGGGCAGACAGCAGAGGAAGGCACCUCCAAGGAGAGCUGCUGCUAAACAGCUGAUUGCACAUCUGAAAGUUUUUGCCAAGUUCACCAACCCUCGUGCUCUCUACCUGGAGGGCAGUCUCAGUGAGCUGUAUAACCAGUUGCUCUGCCAUCAGGACCAGCAGAUUCAGCGAGUGGCGCUGGAAUGUGUUCUUACAUACAAAGACCCCAACAUAGUACCAUACAAGGAGAAUCUUGAGAGGCUACUGGAAGACAAAAACUUCAAAGAGGAGAUUGUCCAUUUCAACAUUUCUGAGGAGACGGGAGUGGUUGAUGCUUCACACAGAGACAGACUGAUCCCACUGCUUAUGAGGAUCCUGUUUGGGCGUCUGCGCAGUAAAGCAGGCAGUAAGUUUCAGGGGAAAGCCGCCUCCGCGUCCCGGUCCUCCAUCAUUCUGCGUUUCCUGGCAAGUUGCCAGGCUGAGGAGCUAGGAAUGUUCAUCGACUUGCUGCUGGAGCCCGUCUGCCAUUACAGCCAAGGUUCCUGUCUGGCAGCAGUGGAGAGGGCAGUUGCUGAGACAGACGUGAGCGCCAUCCUGCCACUGGGCCGUCAGCACGGCCUGCUGAACAUCAUCAAUGUGGUGAUCCAGAAGCUGGGGCAUCUCAUCUACAUCUACCUGCCUAAAGUGCUGCAGAUCCUGCUGUGUGUCACUGCCUCUGUGUCCACUGUCCUGGACAACAGGGACCAGCUGAGGGCAGGUUGCAUCAGUCCUCUGAAGAACCUAAGGCGACUCGGCAUCCUGAGGAUUCAGGACUUUUUUGACGGCUUUGACUCCUACAACUUCAGCCCAAGCGAACUGGAUGCUGUCUUCCAGGCUGUGGUUUGGCCUCAGGUGUGUCGUCUCCCCACAGAGAGCCCCUACUCCCCGACACCUCUGCUGAAACUCAUCCAUGUGUGGUGCAAAAAUGCCAGGUACUUCCCCCUUCUGGCCAAACACAGACCAGACCAUUCAGAGUGUGAUGUCCUCCUUAACGUCUUUGCCCUCCUAUCUGCCAAGAAGGCUUCCCCAGUGACCAUCGCUAUGGUAAUGGACAUAGCGGAGUCUCUUGCAACGACAGAAGACUUUGUUCCCUCAGGGAUAGAGACAGGGUUGAGCGUCAACAGCAGUGUUUUCCCGCAGCCUGGGGAGGGCGCUCUUGUCACUGCAGAUUCAUUAACUCAGGGUUCCAGGCUGCUGCUUCCCCACAUCUCCACUCUGCUGCACUACCUGAGCGGAGUCGUACGCAACACUGACAGGCUCAAGAAGAAGAAGUUCAGAGCGCAGGUGGCAAAGGAACUCAACAUCCUCUCCAAGGUCAGUCGAUUUGUGAGCGACAAGGAGCAGAGCUCAGUGCUCAUCAGCCUGUUGCUACCCUACCUCCAGAAAGGCAACAACCCUCAAGAGACAGAAAUUGACAUCCUGGCCACCAUACAAAACCUGCUGCGGCAGUGUGUGCAGCCGUCUGCCUUCCUGCGCCCUCUCAGCAAACUCUUCUCCAUCAUCCACAACAAGCUGCCCCGGCAGGCCCUCGCCAACGUCUUCCAGACUCUGUCAGAUCUGGAGCCUUCACUCGCAUAUAUCACUGAUUUGGCAGCAAAGCUCAACGCAUUCGACAGUCGACACUUGGAUGAGAUCUACUUUGAUGUGCGUCUGACGGCUUUCCAAGAGGCUACCCGGCGGGUCAAAGACAUGCAGACUCUGGACCUGGACUACAUCACCACCAUCAUACACAACUGUUUCCACACCUUUGAGAUUGGUGACAUGUCGCUGGCAGACAACGCCACCUUGUGUCUGUCUGCAGUGAUUGUCCAGCUGGCAGCGGUCGGACCUGGAGAACAGAUCUACAAGGACAUUGUGCAACACACCAUCCUGGAUGCUGUACACAAGGGGCUUCGCAGCAAGACAGAGAGUGUGCAGCAUGAUUACACCACUGUGCUCGCCUGCCUGGUGAAGAUCUUUCCCUCCAGAAAAGAGUUCAGAGACCUGGUGCAGCUCACAGACUACAACGAUCCCGAGUCUGACUUCUUUGAGCACAUGAAGCACAUUCAGAUCCACCGUCGUGGUCGCGCACUGAGGAAGUUGGCAAAGCAGCUGACGGAGGGCACGGUGGUCAUGACGUCUCGUUCGCUGCAGAAUUACAUAAUGCCGUACGCCAUGACGGCCCUGCUAGAUGAAAAGAUGCUCAAGCAUGAGAAUAUGACGUCAGCAUCGGUGGAGGUGGUGGGUGCAGUGUGUCGACGGCUGACCUGGUCCAAGUACCUCUACUACCUGAAACACUUCGUCCACAUCCUGCAGACUGCGCAGGCUGAGCAGAAACUGGCUGUCAGUUUGCUAGUCACAGUCCUGGAUGCUUUCCAUUUUGACCACCAGACCCUCAGCAGAGAAAUGGAGGCAGCUAAAGCCAGAGAAGCUGGGAGCGUCACAGUCAAUGCAGAUGACGGGGAUGAAGGUGCAGCUGACGAAUCAGAUGCAAGCGAUGAUGAGGAGGCAAUGGAGAUUGACAAUAAGACUGCUCCAUCUGAUGUUCCCAUGGAAACGGAUAAUAAUGAUGGAGAAAAGGAUGGUGUCUCAGAGGAAAUGGCCACCACUAAAGUCAAGGGACCAGUGGCUCCUAAACCUGUUGUGGCGGCGAGCGGGCUGCCACAGAGCAAAGAGGAGCUGGAGUCUCUGAUCAGCGCCAUCCACCAGACUGUUAAAGACAGCGUGCUUCCACGCCUACACAAGUGUCUCACGGCAAAGGUAAAGCGUGAAGAGGAACACAAGGCGGUGAAGUCAAAGGAUGUGAAGGAUGAGGAGGUGGCGAGGGUACCGAUAGCCUUUGCCAUGGUUAAACUGAUGCAGACUCUGCCUCCACACAUCAUGGAGGCCAACCUGCCUGGGAUACUGAUCAAGGUGUGUGUGCUGCUGAGGAACCGUUUCCAGGAGAUACGUGACGUAGCAAGAGGAACGCUGGUGAAGAUCAUUGAGACACUGGGGUGCAGAUACCUGCGGUACCUGCUCAAAGAGAUGCAGAGCGUCCUGGUCAAGGGCUACCAGGUCCAUGUGCUAACAUUUACAGUGUACCAGCUGCUGUCUGUCCUCAGGCCAACCCUAAAGAGUGGUGAUCUGGACCUGUGCAUGAACAUGCUCAUCGAUAUCUUCAACAAUGAGCUGUUCGGGGCCGUGGCUGAGGAGAAGGAGGUGAAGGGGAUCGUCUCCAAGCUGAUGGAGGCUCGACACAGCAAGAGCAUGGACUCCUACGAGCUGCUGGCCCAGUUCUGCAGCAGGGAGAGCAUCACCAAGCUCAUACUGCCACUGAAGGAGAUACUGGAGACUUCAUCCAGUCUGAAGGUGUGUAACCGAGUUGGUGCCGUGCUGCGGCGACUGGUCCUGGGUCUGCUUGUCAACGGGGGCAUGACUCCUCAGGAUAUUUUGCUGCUGAGCCACGGCCUGGUCAGCCAGAGUUUGCCGCUGCUCACCAAGCGAGACCGAGAGAAAGCGUCGGCACAGCCUCCCCCUGACCCCAGGCUGCCCCCUCCCAGCUGCCUGCUCCUGCCUCCGACCCCAAAGAGAGGGGGUCAGAAAGCUCCUGUCAGCUGCCGAACCAACAUGCACAUCCUGGUGGACGCUGGCCUCAAGCUGCUCCACCUGAGUCUGAAGAAAUCCAAAGUGACAUCAUCUGAGGCCUCAGCUCUAGAGAUGCUGGACCCUUUCGUAAGGCUGCUGCUCGACUGCCUCGACUCCAUGCACGUCAAGGUGAUCACAGAGGCUCUGGUUGCAUUCACCUGGCUGUUCAAGUUCCCUCUCCCAGCAGUGGAACAGAAUGCCGACCAGCUGACCAAGCAGCUCUUUGUUCUGCUGAAGGAUUACUCCAAGGCCGGAGCUGCCCGCGGAGAGAACUACCACCUGGUUCAGAACUGCUUCAAGGCCAUCACCAUACUGGUAAAGAACGUCAAAAGCAACAACAUCUCUGAGAUGCAGCUGCAGGUGUUGUUGGGAUAUGCUGAGGAGGACAUCUACGAUCAGUCACGCCAAGCCACUGCCUUCGGCCUGCUGAAGGCGAUUCUGUCUAGGAAACUUGUAGUUCCAGAGAUGGAGGAGGUGAUGAAGAAAGUUGCCAAGCUGUCGGUCACCGGCAGCAACGCUAUGAUCAGAAUACACUGUCGACAGAUCUAUCUGAAGUACCUGCUGGACUACCCACUGGGGAGGAAGCUGAGAGGGCACCUGGACUUUGUGGUGGCGCAGCUGCACUAUGAGCAUGACACAGGCAGAGAGUCUGUGCUGGAGAUGCUGGCAUACAUCUUCCAGACUUUCCCUCAGAACCUGCUGUUAAAGCACAGCGGUCUGUUCUUUGCCCCGCUGGCCCUGGUCGUGGUCAACGACGACUCGGCACGCUGUAAAAAAAUGGCCGCCAUGGCUAUCAAGGCCCUGCUGACACAGCUGGACAUAAAUCACCAGAACACCUUGUUUGCCUUCGUCAACACCUGGCUCAAUGCAGAAAAGGCCAGCCUUCGCCGUCUCGGUGCCCAGAUUUGUGGUCUGUUCGUGGAAGUGGAGGAGGAGAAUUUUGCCCGACGACUGGACGACCUGCUGCCUCUGCUGGAGAGAGAGAUCAACCCCGACAACUAUGAAGAUAUUGAAGAGGAGCAGGAUGAGAAAGGAGCAGACAGGCUGUUGUUCAGUUAUCUGACUCUCAUCACCAAACUCAGCAAGCACUGUGGCCUGCUGGAGCUCAGCAAGCGUGACGACACACUCUUUCGUAUCUGGGGUCACAUUGAAGCCCACCUGCGGUACCCUCAUUGCUGGGUGUGGCUGACUGCCUCGCAACUCUUUGGCCAGCUGUUUGCAGCCCACCAAGCAGAACAGCUGCUCGAUGUUUGGAGAGGAGAGGAUGGAGACACUUCAUCCCAGUCAGUAGCCACUGCUUUCAUCACCAGCAACCUGGACAAGAAGAUGAGAGAGUUGGCGUUAUCGUUCUGCCAUCAGCUGCAAUCCAAGUUCCUGGACACAGCAUCAGGAGAGCAGGUGAUCAAGAACCUGCUGUUCGUCGGCAAGGUGAUCUACCUCAUUUCCCCCGAGUCUGAUGUCACUCCCCCUCAGGAUGUGGUGACAGAGGAGGAGGAGCAGAGGGAGAAUGGAGAUGAAGAGGAGGGACAUGGAGAGGAAGAGAAGGAAGAAGAGGAGGAGGAAGAUGACAAGGAUGAUAGACCUCCCUCCCUUCUGUGGUUGAUGAACAAGCUGUCUCUGAUGGCCAAGAGAGAGGCAGCGCAUACUCCCAAAGUUCCCCUAAAGAGAACUUGUGUGUUUAAGUUCUUGGGAGCGAUAGCCAUGGACCUGGGGAAGGAAAGGCUUGGCCCCUAUCUGACAACCAUCAUCACUCCUCUGUACAGAGAGCUGGACAGCACCUAUGCAGACCAAGACCCCACACUGAAGAACCUGGCGCAGGAGCUGAUCGAGCUGCUGAAGAGACAAGUUGGGCUGGAGAAGUUCUCAUUGGCCUUCUCCGCUGUCCAGAGGGAGUUCUCACAGAGGCGAGCAGCACGUAAACGACACAGGGCCAUGCAGGCGGUAGCUAACCCAGACAUCGCUGCCAAGAAGAAACUCAAGAAACACAAGAACAAAAUCGAAGCCAAGAAGAGGAAGAUUGAGUUCCUACGGCCCGGAUAUAAAGCCAAGAAGCAUCGCAGCCAUGCACUCAAAGACCUGGCCAUGGUGCAGUGAGCCAUGUGGGUGGCUGCAUCUCUUUAUCAAGGACACUUGGUGGGGAUCAACGCUGGCCAGGUGAGCAGGCAGGCGUUAACUCAUCCUCAGACACUUAUGGGCUGCAGACUCUGUAAGUCUCACCUCAAGAUGUUACAUAAUGACUUUCACUAUUGUAAUUAAUGUCAGUUGACAAAGAAAACAUUGGAUUGGGCCAAGAAAGACAGAUGUUUCUUGCUGAAUAUGUGAAGAACAAGCAAGGUUGUAAAAGACAUCCAACCUCCUUGUGUGUGUAAAAGAAUUAGAAAUGACAGGAUGUCUCUGUAUCACUGACAUUGCUUCAUAUGAAUUGCAGAUCAAAGGUGAAAUCUACUUUUUGUUUUCCUGUUGUGACCAGUGAGUGUAGAACUGUGCUCACAUUUAUAAUGUAUGUUUUGUAAUUAAAAAAGAUCCAACAUUUUUACUGAUAA